AUGUCUGAAGUGGCCUCAGCUUAUCCUUUAGCAGAUAAAGUUUAUUCUUGGUCGUUGAUGCUAAGUACAGUGAUCAUCAUCAUCAUAGCUAUUCCUGCUAUGGCACUUUCACAUAAAUCGGCAUAUUGGGUCUUUAUCGAAUUUCAAAAUUCAACGGGGGUAUGCAAAAAUGAUGGUAUGGUCUUCUUGAUUGGUCUUUUGUCAACUGGGAUGGGCAUUAGUAGUAGGAUGCGAUGCUCCAAGAGUUUGGGGCUUAUUCUUUCCACUUUAUUUUCUAUCCAAGAUGUAGACGAGCUUUUGAAUUCAACUAUGCCAACAGGCACCUUUUUCUUAAAAGAGUUACCAACAGUCAAGGCAUUACAGCUUUUUUUUUUCCUUGUUAUCUUACUGAUAGCCCAAAUUGGCUCUCUUUGUAACUUUGUCUUGGCAGCUAGGGAAUUUUAUGUGGGAGUCUAUCAAGGGAUGGUCUAUUACCAUCCUCUAAGUUCCUUUACAAAAUUUCUGGUGAUGGCAUCCCCGUCCGGUGUUUAUUGA